AUGUCCAAAAAUACCACAAACAUGCACCAAAAUCUAAAUAUUGACAGGAAACUAAAUCACGUUAUUGAACGACUAACGGACAAGGAUUGCUGCGAUGUUUAUAGAUCAGGAGAAACAUCACAGGUCACGUGUCAAGGGUGUCGAUUGCAAGCUAUUCCUCGUAGUAUGGACGAAAACACAACCCUUCUUGAUCUAAGUUAUAACCGUUUGAUGAUCUUACAGAAAGGGGCGUUUAUAACUAUUCCGUAUUUAGUGCACCUUUCACUAUCUUAUAACAACUUAUCUGUGAUUACAACUGGCGCUUUCGAUCACCUUGGAUAUUUGCAGCGUCUAGAUCUAUCACACAAUGCGCUGGAUGACUCCUCUUUCAAGGAAACCACUUUCCAGUCUUUGAAAAAUCUGCGGACGCUGAUUAUUCAUAGUAACAAUUUCAAUUUGCGAAAAGUCUUUCCAGAAGCAACGUUUUUGUCUCUUUCCAAUAUAGACACUCUUUAUAUUGAUAUAUUUGAUGGUAUGCACUUUGGGAAAGGAUUUUUGAAUUUCAAAAAAUUGAAAAAUUUGCACUUCUACCAAAACGGUGAACUAUCUAUUAAAAACACGACAUUUCAAGCAUUGGGAGAAAUGAACAUCAUGGAAUUGAGUCUUUUCUUUAAAACAGGAAAGUUAGAAAGUGAUGCCUUGUAUCCAUUUCAAAGCUUAUCGUCGUUAGUGUUGGAUUCACGCCGAUACAGAGACAUUACUGAAGUCCUGUCCCUUCUUUACGGACUACGGGAAAGCAAGAUGGAUUCGAUUAGAUUAAGUUCCAACUAUGUGCGUAAUGGCGGAACCGUUCAAUUGGGAACUUCAGACGUAUGGUUCCUCAGCAAAGUUUGCACGAAAAAACUAUUUAUGUCUGACAAUGCAAUCGGUAGUAUCAAUACUGUGGCAUUUAAGACAUGGGCAAGUAGAGGCUGUAUUGAGUAUUUAGAUAUAUCAAAAAAUUCCUUUCAGUCACCACAAGUGUUUUUUAUCUUAAAGCUGUUUCCAUCAGUAAAGUACAUUGAUUGCUCCUACAAGAAGUCAACGUUCACACGAAAACGUAAAGGACUUUUUCGACAUAGUGUAUAUCUACCCAAAACGCUUAUUCAUUUGAAUCUUACACAUUUUCCAUUUACAUAUGACUACGGUCGAUUAAGUUUCGUCGAAAAAAACAAUCUCGAAGUUCUGGACAUUAGUUACCAACUUCCUUCAUUCACGUGUGGACGUAAGAUGUACGGUUUAAGUCAUCUUACAGGCUUUAAUAUAUCCGGAAUAGAUUGUUCAUCACCAUACCCUGAAAUGUUCAGUGACAUGUUGAUGUUGUCAACACUGACAGCCAGAGAGUGUCAACUAGCAAAUAGCGACCUGUUUUAUACGAAUACCCUGUUUAAAGGAUUAAAUCUACUUUCUCAUGUCGAUCUAUCGUCAAACACUCUAACACAACUUAACUCGAAUACAUUUACAGACCAGUCGGGUUCCCUAAAAACAUUACUCCUUGUCGACAAUUCAUUGGUUCACCUUCCUAUUGAAAUAUUACAACAACUGACGGUAUUAGAAAUGCUUGAUAUCAGUAAUAAUCUAAUAGUAUCUUUAACCUUAUCCGAAAUCAACAUUCUUGAUAAUUAUCGAUCGCAGUCAGAGAAAUUCACGGUGAAACUUGGUGGAAAUCCUUUAGUGUGUGAUUGUGAUAACCUGGCUUUUCUAUCUUGGUUAGACACCACUGAAGUUAUAUACGACAAAAACGAGCUCGUAUGUGUUGAUAGCAACAUGAAGAUUGUCAAGUUACUAGAAACCUUUCACGAUUUUAGAGUUGAUUGUGUGUCACAGUUCUGGUUGAUCGUUUCCAUUACUAUCACAGUAAUCUGCCUAAUACUAGGUAUUCUGUUCCGAGUAGUCUGGAGAUACAGCUUAAAAUUAAGGUUUUGGUGUCGAAAUCUUGUAGAACACGACACGUUUCCAUAUGACAUCUUUAUUUCCUACAGCAGGGAUGAUUGUGGAUGGAUACGGAAAACGUUAGUUCCCUGGCUAGAACAACAGGAUAUGAGUUAUGGUGCCGAGGACAAAACGUUUGAUACUGGACUUGACAUAUGUGAUAAUAUUAUGGGUGCUAUAGACGAUUCUUAUCAAACUGUAUUUGUGGUAAGCUGUAAAUUUCUGGAGUACGAAUGGCAAACCUUUGCUAUGAAAGUAGCCAGUAGGUACUCAUUUCGGGAAGGAAGAGAGUACAUGAAUAUCAUAAUUCUGUUAGAUGAUAUAAAACAAAGCGAGUUUCCAAAGAUGAUUCGAGAAAACUGGGACAAAAUACGUCCUUUACAUUGGCCGGACCUUCACAAUACCGAUGGCACAAGACUCAAUACAGCAAGGAAAUUGUUCUGGGAAAAGUUACUGAAACGCAUUCGGAAAGGAAAUAAACGCCUCGCUAAAACUCUUAAUUCCGAGUCAACGGUAUAA